UAAAGAGCGGUUAUAUACACAGUAACGUCAUUUGUUUGAGAACACAGACUGUUGUUUAAUAUAAUAAGUAUAGCUGAAGAUUUUGGAUAUUAGUGAUAACUGACAACAUGGGAAAGGACUAUUACAAAGUUCUUGGUAUCCCGAGAACGGCAAAUGAGGGGGAAAUUAAAAAGGGCUACAGAAAAAUGGCUCUAAAAUACCAUCCGGACAAAAAUAAAUCACCAAACGCUGAGGAAAAAUUCAAAGAAAUUUCGGAAGCAUAUGAUGUCUUAAGUGAUAAAGACAAAAAAGAAAUUUACGACAAGUAUGGUGAGGAAGGGCUUAAAGCAGGAGGUGGAGGUGGUGGAGGCCAGGGUGGCAGUGCACCUGGAGGGUUCCAUUACACUUACCAGGGAGACCCACGAGAGACAUUUAAAAUGUUCUUUGGAGACGAAGAUCCAUUUGCAAAUUUCUUUAGUUUUGGAUCAGGUCCAGGUGGUCAAGGAUUUAGGCAAGCAAGAUUUGGAGGUGGCCAAGAAUCCAUGGAAACUGACGAUGAUCCUUUUGGACAGCACUUCGGUGGGUUUGGUGGUGGCAUGCCUGGUCAUGGUAUGCCACGCAGAAAACAUCAAGACACUGCUGUUGUCAGAGACUUGCAAGUAUCAUUAGAAGAUAUUUAUAAAGGAACUACAAAGAAAUUGAAAAUUACUAGAAAAGUUUUAAAUCCAGAUGGACGUUCAACAAGGACUGAAGAUAAAAUCUUAACUAUUGAUGUAAAACCAGGCUGGAAAGCUGGAACAAAAAUAACAUUUCCAAAGGAAGGUGAUCAAACUCCAAAUAAUGUUCCAGCAGAUAUAAUUUUUGUGAUUAAAGACAAGCCACACCAAAUGUUUACAAGAGAUGGGAGUGAUAUUAGAUACAAAGCUUCAAUUUCAUUAAAGCAGGCUCUUUGUGGAACAACACUUCAGGUGCCAACAAUAGAUGGUCGUAAUAUACCUCUACGUCUCAAUGAAGUUAUAAAACCUAACAUGUUGAAGAGAAUACAGGGUGAAGGAUUACCUCAACCAAAACAAUCUGCAAGAAGAGGAGAUCUAAUAGUGGAAUUUGACAUUAGAUUCCCAAGUAAAAUGACAUCUAGUGCUAAAGAAAUUUUGUCAGACUGUUUACCAGACUCUUGAAACAGCAUAUCAGUAUUAGAUUAGUGUAAUCUUUAUCAACCAGAGUGUAUAUAUGUACAUACAAUAUCAUUAAGUCAUGUAAUGUAAAUACCCAUUUAUACCAUGGUAUAAUCAUAGUAUUUAAUGAUGAGGAUAAUUAAUGUGACAAUAUUGCUAACAUGUUUAAAUGGGCAUUCAUGUCAAAUACUGAUAAGUGAUUGUAUUGUAUUGUGCAAAUACAAUGUAAUGUUUGUGCCAUAAUGCCACACUUAACUGCCUUCUAUGUAAUGUUCAGUAUGUGAUAAACUAUAUUAUUUUUGUGUUAGUAUCAAUAUACACCAAAGUUAUAUUUGGCCUAAAGAAGGUACACAUUUAGUGUUGAGUGUUUGUUUAUUGUAUAUGGUAAAAAACUAAGUGAAGCUAUAUUUCGAAAAACAACUUCAAAAAAUUUGAAGUAAAAAGAAAAUUGAUUUUUAUUUCAAAAAUAAAGUUAACUGUUUCACAUUAUUUCGGAAAAAAGAAUUACAUCUACAUUGAAAAAGUUAUUAACAAGUUUUAUGUUGGUUGUAAUGUAUAACAUAAAGCCUAGGAGAAACACUAAUCAUUAAUACACCAGGAUUUUUUAAAGAUACUGGUUAAAUUAAAAAAAAACACAUUUUGUUGUAGAUGUAUUAUGUUGACUUUUAAGGCAUAUAUGGCUGUGCUUAUUUGCCCUGUAACAAUAAUCUUUAUUUAUGUUUAUUUUCAUUUAUAACUGUUAUUUGAUGCUAGUUAAUCUAAGUUUUUAGAUUGAUGAUUGUAAUUAUGUACCAGUAAGUGUCAAUGAUAUUUGUUUAAAACAUUUGUUGAAAUUUAUUGGUAUGAUUAAACUGUUAAAACAGUUA